CUAGCGCCGCUCGGGGCCGCGCUCCGCGGGUCCCCACGGGGCUCAGCUGAUGAACCUCGCGCGUCGAACCGGGCCAAGCUCCGGUAGCUCCGCUGGGACGGUGCCUCGGGCCACAGGGGCGGGCCCAGCGUCCCGUCCGGCCCAGCGUCCGCGAGUUCGCGCGCGAUGGUAAACUUCGGGGCCAUUCCCGGUGGCACGGGACCGGGCGCUCCGGGCUCCGAGCCCCCAGAGCUCAGCGGGCGGGCGGGCGGAGUGCAGGGCCCCGCGCGGGGCUCGGUGAGAGCAGAGCUCCCGGGGGAGGGCGGACGGCCGGGCCGGGGCGCUAAGACCCGGGGCGCGGUGGUCAGAGGUUCCCAGCAGGACACUAGAGGGCGAUCCCCGGCCCUGCUGCGGGGGUGUAUAUAUACGGCACGCAGGACCGAGGCAACCCACUAGGAACAGGGCAAGGCAGGCAGGCGGCGAGCGGGGCUCGGGCGGGCUGGGGCGGGGGACGGGCUCCGGGCGCGCCGAGCGGAGCCGCGCCGAGCCGGGGGAGCGCGGGGUGCUGCGGGCUUGGCAGAGCCGCCGCCGCCCCGUCCGAACCCUGGAUUGCCGGAGCCCUUCACCAUGCCCGGCAGGCUGUAGGUGCUUCAUGGAGCAAGCCAACUUCUACGAGGUCGAUUCCCGGCCCCCGAUGAGCAGCGGCCAGCACCACCAGCUCCAGACUCCCCUGCCCGGCAGCGCCUACGGCUACAGAGAGGCUCCCUCGGCGGCGGCACCUGCUGCGGGCGGCGCGGAGCUCGGCGACAUCUGCGAGAACGAGCACUCCAUCGACAUCAGCGCCUACAUCGACCCCGCCGCCUUCAACGACGAGUUCCUGGCCGACCUCUUCCAGCACAGCAAGCAGCAGGAGAAGCACAAGGCCGUCCUGGCCGGGGAUUUCGAUUUCCACGGCAUGCACGGGGCCGGCGCGGCCGCCUCGGCGCCGGGGCACCACCCGCAGCAGCAGCCGCUGUUCGGCUGCGCGGCCGGCUACAUGGACGGCAAGCUCGACCCGCUCUACGAGCGCAUCGCCGCGCCGGGGCUGCGGCCGCUGGUCAUCAAGCAGGAGCCCCGCGAGGAGGAGGAGGUGAAGGCGGCGGCCCUGGCGGCCCUCUACCCGCACCCGCAGCAGCACCCAUCCCACCUGCAGUACCAGAUCGCCCACUGCGCGCAGACCACCGUGCACCUGCAGCCCGGGCACCCCACGCCGCCCCCCACACCCGUGCCCAGCCCGCACCACCCGCACCAUCCGCACCCCCCGGGCGCGCUGCCCGCCGCCCCCGGUGCCCUCAAGAUGAUGCCCGCCGAUCACCGCGGCAAAUCCAAAAAGACAGUGGACAAGAACAGCAACGAGUACCGCGUGCGCCGGGAGCGCAACAACAUCGCGGUGCGCAAGAGCCGGGACAAGGCCAAGCAGCGCAACGUGGAGACGCAGCAGAAGGUGCUGGAGCUCACCACCGAUAACGAGCGGCUGCGGAAGCGGGUGGAGCAGCUCAGCCGGGAGCUGGAGACUCUUCGGGGCAUCUUCAGGCAGCUGCCCGAAAGCUCGCUGGUGAAGGCCAUGGGCAGCUGUGCCUAGCCGGGCCCUUCCGCUGCUCCGUGCGCUCCGAGCGGUGCCGGAGCGGGCUCAGAUUGCGGGGGGUGGGCUUUUUUUUUUUGCUUUUUUUUUU